AUGAGUGUAAAUAGUUUAGGGAAACAAAUCUGUGAUGGAGAUUGUGGCAGCGGAGAAGGUAUAGGAACAAUAGAACACUUGUCCGACGAGAACCAUGGACCAAAAAAGAACGUGAAACUCCUAAAAAAUCCCACCUAUGGAUUCGCUUUCAAAUCGAGCGGCGGUGAGGUAUUGCAAUCUUUUGGCAAGUCUGUAUCAGAUACUGUGGUUUUAGCUAAGGGAUCCACACAUCCAAAGGCCAUGUCAACGAGUAGACUUGGUAACAAGCAACAUCAUGAUGGGUGUCCGUCUCCGGAUAAAUCUACACUGUCUACAUCUUCUGAAACUUCCUUUGAAGAUGACGAUUCUUUUAGCGAAGUUACUGAUAUAAAUGAAUCUGAAAUCCACGAAGAAAAGUGUAUGACAUCUCGACGUUUGAAAGAAGUUAAUACAGAUGAGGAGUUACACGGUGAUUUGAGAAAUCGAAAAUUCUAUCAGAGAACGUCAAAGGUACGCCAUAAUGAAAGUGAACUAGAGAGCAGAAGUGACAAAAGUUUGGCUGAGUUAACCGAAAGUUCUAGUGAUAUAACCCCAGUCGACGAGCAGCAGAUCCAGAGUGAAUCCAGAGCUUAUUACCUCUGCUGGCUGGUUCUUACAUCCCUUUCUUUUCUGACACGGGUUUAUAACAUUGAGCAGCCACCACAUAUUUGUUGGGAUGAAACACAUUUUGGUAAAAUGGGUAGCUGGUACAUAAACCAAACAUUCUUCUUUGAUGUUCAUCCUCCACUUGGCAAGAUGCUGGUUGGUCUGGCUGGUUUCCUAAGUGGCUAUGAUGGAAGUUUUCCGUUCAACAAGCCUGGAGAUGCUUAUGGAGAUGUCAGAUAUGUUGGCAUGAGAGUGUUCUGUGCUGUGCUGGGUGCAUUGUUAGUGCCCCUAGCAUAUCAGACGGUUUGGUUGCUCACACAUUCAAUACUAGCUUCAAUUUUUGCCGCAUCUCUAAUCCUCUUUGACACAGGAAUCUUGGCCUUGUCAAGACACAUCCUGCUAGACCCAAUCAUGAUGUUUUUCAUCAUGACAUCCACUUACUCGUGUCUCAAAUUCCUCACUUACAGAAGCCAGCCGUUUUCUGUGUUCUGGUGGUUAUGGAUGGCAAUAACUGGUGUGUGUCUGUCUGGGGCUAUAGGUGUGAAAUUUGUGGGUCUGUUUGUCAUCCUGUUUGUGGGCUACACUACAGCCAUGGACUUGUGGAGGUUGCUUGGAGACCUGUCUCUGCCUGUGAUGGUUCUGUGUAAACAUAUUUUAGCUAGAGCUAUCUGUCUCAUUGCUCUACCGGCAUUAAUCUACAUGAUCAUUUUUGCAGUACAUUUCCGUGUUUUGAAUCGCAGUGGUAAUGGUGAUGGUUUCUUCAGCUCAGGGUUUCAGUCACAGCUGAUUGGAAAUAAACUGUAUAAUGUUAGCAUGCCUCAGUACGUAGCUUUUGGAAGUGUGAUAACUUUGAAACAGCGGCGAACCGGAGGGGCUUAUCUUCAUUCUCAUGCUCAUCUUUAUCCAGAAGAGUAUCCUCCCAAGCAGCAGCAGGUAACAACAUACAGUCACAAGGAUGAGAAUAACAAGUGGAAGAUCAAACCAGCAGACAGAGAACUGGCACCCAGUGAAGAUCUUCUUUACCUGCACAGCGGAGAUCUUGUUCGUCUUGAGCAUAUUGCGACCCGUCGCAACUUGCAUAGUCACAAAGAGCCGGCACCAAUCAGCAGACACCAUUUCCAAGUCUCGGGAUAUGGCCAGAAUGGUACAGGAGAUGCCAACGAUAUCUGGAUGGUGGAGGUAGAGGGAGCCAGCAGAGGUGACAAAGUUCAGACUGUAAGGUCAAAGAUCAAAUUUAUCCACUACCAUGCCAGAUGUUUGCUGCAUUCUCAUGACAGAAAACUUCCAAAAUGGGGAUGGGAGCAGCUUGAGGUGACUUGUAAGCCCAACCUCCAUGAUACCACUUCAGCCUGGAGUGUGGAGGAGGUCAUAGAUCCUAGAUUACCUAAUGUCAGCUUUGAAGUGUACUCUCCAUCCUUCAUGGAGAAGUUUCUGGAAAGCCACGCAGUGAUGACUCAAGGGAACAGUGGUUUGAAACCCAAGGAGGGAGAAAUCACAUCACAUCCCUGGCAGUGGCCUGUUGAUUACAAGGGUCAGAUAUUCUCGGGCCAAGACCACAGAAUCUACAUGCUGGGGAAUCCCAUCUUCUUCUGGACGUUGCUGGUGCUCAAAGUUGUCUUUCUCAUCCUGUGGUUGUCAUUUUCUGUCGGCCGCAAGAGAAAUAUGCCCAUCAACAAGAACCUCAGGAUUUACUAUGAGAGGACAUUCAAAGUGUGCUGGUGGCUGCUGCUGGGUUGGCUUUUGCACUAUCUGCCUUUCUGGGGCAUGACACGCGUGCUGUACUUCCAUCACUACUUCCCAGCAUUUCUGUACAGCGCCAUGUUUGGAGGCGUCAUGCUGGAUUUCCUCAUCACCCUGCUGUGUGUGACGGUUCCAGAGAGCUGGGCAAUGACAAUGUUCCAUGGUUUUUUAUUUGUCACGUCUGGCAGCAUCUUGUACAGCUUUUAUCUGUUUUACCCCCUGGUGUACGGAAUGUCUGGGCCGAUGGCCAACGAUGAAGGAAGCAUGAUGCAUCGACUCAAAUGGAUGGAAUCCUGGGACAUAUAA